AUGGCUUUUACGGCUCUGUUCACCCUGCCCCUACUUUUCCUGGCUGCGUUCCAAUGUGUUCCAGUCCGUGCUAUCUGGGACCUUCAAGAGCAAGGAACUGCGAAAUGUAUUGACUAUAUUGCCGUCUUGAGACUGACGGUUGUAUACGAGAUCAUCGCUGAGACUAUCCUUUUCAGUCUUCCUAUCCCGAUUGUAUGGAAGCUGCAGAUGAAGACUGCAAAGAAGAUCCAGCUACUCAUCUUCUUUAGCCUUGUGACUGGCACAUCGAUUACUGGAUUCACCUCCAGUGGAGUUGCACAUAUAUGCGCUGCCGUCCCCACUAUCAGAAACCUGAUACGAUACUGCCAAAACGGGUUCAAGAUGCCCACGAAUGUUCCUUCAAGCUACACCACGGACCGCAGUACUUACAACUCUACGAGCAAACGAAGCUACAAGUCAUUGCAGGACAAAAAGAAUGGCUCUAGUACAGCACAACAGCGAGGCAAAGCCUCAUCUCGCGAUACAAAGGAUCCAUAUCGCCUAUCCGCAAUCGUGGAUGCCGAGAAUGAUGGCACAGUCAUAGAGCUACGUGCGAUAGACUCGCCAACUCACGCGAAUGCAUGGAAUGAUGAGGAACAGGAUGGACAAGAAGGGAAGAUUCGAUGGACUCAGCGCGUGGAAGAACAACUUCCUACUAUUGUUCGCGAAUCUCCGUCGCCGGGGUUGGACGACUCAGCGUCUCAAAAGUCCAUACUUCGCCAACACCCCUAUUCAUAA